CCGUCCCCGCAUGUCCGAAUUCUCAGUGAAAGCCACAAUAAUUUCUCGAUACGCAUUUACCACAGUCUCCUGCACUUUGGUGAACACCGGCUCGGAGGCUCGAGAAGGUGUCUUUGAGAUGCAAAUACCCAUCACGGCCUUCGUCUCCAAUUUUACCAUGAUUAUCGGUGGCAAGGUUUAUUAUGGGGAGGUUAUUGGUAAAGACUGGUUGCGUGCAGAUCAAGAAACAUACUCAAGACCCCCAGGUGACAGCAGAGAAAGCCAAAUGGAGACAUUCAAAGCCUCUGGAUUAAUUCCCCGGAAGGUGGAAGCCACCUUCAUCUUGCAUUAUGAGGAGCUCCUACGGAGACGGUUAGGGAAGUAUCACUACACGGUCAGCAUCCGACCUCAGCAGCUGGUGGGCAAGUUACGUGUGGAAGUGAACAUCCUCGAGAAUUCGGGAAUUAACUCUUUGGAAGUUCUGCCGCUCCAGAAUAACAAGGGCAAGGGACCAGGGACCACCGAAGCAGAACACCCCACUCCACCCCCUUCAACCGUGGUUGGCCAGACAAAGACCUUGGCUAAAAUAACCUUCAGUCCCAACCUGGUCCAGCAAGCCAAGAUUGCGAGGAAUGGCGUUCUGGGAGAUUUUAUCAUCCGAUAUGAUGUCAACAGAGAACUGAGUGUUGGGGAAGUGCAGGUUUUGGAUGGCUACUUCGUGCACUAUUUUGCCCCCAAAGAUCUCCCUCCCCUGCCAAAAAACAUCGUCUUCGUCCUCGACAGAAGCGCAUCCAUGGUGGGCACCAAAAUGAAGCAGACCAGAGAGGCCUUGUUCACCAUCCUCCAUGACCUCCGGCCCGGAGAUCAUUUCAACAUUAUUGGCUUCUCCAAUGAAAUCAAGGUCUGGAAGGAAGAGCAGUUGGUGCCUGUUACUCCUGAAAAUAUACGAGAUGCAAUCUUCCACAUCCAUCUCGUACCACCUAAUGAAGGUACCAAUAUCAACGAUGCUCUUCAGACCAGCGCAAAAAUCCUCAAUGAUUACAUCACGCAGAACGAAGUGGAAUCGCGAAGCACGUCCCUCCUGGUGUUCUUGACCGAUGGCCGGCCCACAAUGGGCGAGAUCCGGACGAGCAAGAUCAUCAGCAACCUCAAGGAAGCCAUUCGCAACAGGUUCUGCGUCUUCACUAUCGGCAUUGGAAAUGACGUCGACCACCACUUACUGGAGAGGGUGGCCCUGGAGAACUGUGGGAUGAUGAGGUUGAUCCGGGAGGAUGAGGAUGCUGCAGCUCACUUUAAAGGGUUCUACGACGAGAUCGGUACCCCGCUUCUGUCGGACAUCCGGGUCGAUUACCCCGUGGGCAGCGUGGAGAAAGUGACUCAGAAUUUCUUCCCCAACUACUUCAACGGUUCUGAAAUUGUCAUCGCGGGGAAACUCUUCAACAAGACCGCCCACAGCUUACAUGUAGAAGUGACCGCCAGCAACAGUGACAAGCACGUCCUCCUGAAAACCGAUGUGGCCGUCGACCUUUCAGGGCAGAACCUCCUCGAGGCGAGUUUUGUCGGCCUGCCGAACUCCUCCGCCGAUCAAAACUAUGUCGAGCGGGCCUGGAGUUACCUCACCAUCAAGGAACUGUUGACCUCCUGGUUGAAGAGCGACAACAGCAAGGAGAAGGCCUCUCUGAGGGAAAGGGCCAAGAGCUUGGCUCUUGCUUACAAUUUUGUCAUGCCCUUCACUACCCUGAAGAUGAAAACCCUUCCAUUUCAAGUGGAGCCCCCAAUGGAGGUCUACGCUGGCCCUUCAGCCGAAGGCAUUGGAGAAAUCGUGCAGGGCCUUCAAGGCCACCAAGUGCCCUCAGGCUCUAUUCCUGAAAAAUCAGAGGAGCCAAAAAUAAAUGUAACUAAAACUUCAGCGGAUGGCGACCCUCAUUUUGUCAUUGAUUUGCCACAGAACAAGCUGACAAUCUGCUUCAAUAUCGAUGGGCAGCCUGGCGAUAUCCUUAGAUUAGUUUCAGAUCAUAAGCACUCAGGAGUGACUGUCAACGGCCAGCUAAUUGGGGCCCCUGCCCCACGGAACGGUCAUAAGAAACACCGGACGUACUUCAAGAGCAUCACAAUUCUCAUCAACAAACCGGGAAGAUCCUACCUGGAAAUUUCUACCACUAAGGUCAUCUUGGAUGAUGAGAAGAGGCUGGUCUUUCCCUGUGACCGCAACGCCGUGGUGGUAGGCAAGAAGUUCCACGUGUCCAUUGUGGCCCACGCCAAUGUCACGGUGGUCCUACAAGAUUCCAUCAGCUUCGUCAUUCUGAUCCACCACUACAAGAACCCUGCCCGGUAUCAGAAGAACCAUUUGGGUUUCUACAUCUCUAAUGGUCAAGGACUUUCAAGAGGUUCCCAUGGGCUGAUAGGCCAGUUCUUGCACCAAGACAUUGAGCUCUUGACUGAGCCGUUCUCCGAAAAGUGUAGCCCGGAUGACUGCCACAAAACCAACUCGAACUCGGGGCACGCCCUCCAGUUGAAAGGGCGUUUGGUGCCCGUGGUGUGGAAGCAGAGAAAGAUCUACAACGGCCAACAGGAAGUGGAUUGCUGGUUUGCCAAACACAACGCCGAGAAACUCAUCGACGGGGACUACGCAGACUAUUUGGCCUCCCAUCUUUUUGACACGGGGACUAGCCCCUUGGUGGAAAACACCCUCUGAAGACAGGGAAAACAUCCUUGCUGUCCUCCGAGGAAAUUUGGCUCUUCCUCUACAGAGAACUUUUGGGUUUGAAUUGGGCUUCGUCGCGCAGAAGGAAACACACUUUAAAAAUACACGUAGUCCUUGAAUUAUGACCACAAUUGAGGCCAAAUCUCUGUUGU